UGUAAUUCUCUUCCCAAUAGCGAUAACAUUCUACUUCACCUGGUGGUUCAUUCAUUUUGUUGAUGGAUUCUUCUCUCCAAUCUAUGCACAACUGGGAAUCAAUAUUUUUGGUCUUGGCUUCAUCACCUCUGUUACGUUCAUAUUUUUCGUUGGAGUCUUCAUGUCAUCUUGGGUUGGAGCAUCUGUCCUCGGCCUUGGUGAAUGGAUCAUUAAGCGCAUGCCACUUGUGCGCCAUAUCUACAAUGCAUCCAAGCAAAUAAGUGCCGCAAUAUCACCAGAUCAGAACAAACAGGCAUUCAAGGAAGCAGUCAUCAUAAGACAUCCUCGUGUUGGAGAAUAUGCAUUUGGAUUCAUCACCUCAUCAGUCUCUCUCCAGAGCUAUGCUGGUCAAGAGGAACUUUACUGUGUCUAUGUCCCGACCAACCAUCUUUAUAUUGGUGACAUCUUCAUGGUGAACUCAAAGGAUGUCAUCAGGCCAAAUCUUUCUGUGCGUGAAGGCAUUGAGAUUGUUGUAUCUGGUGGUAUGUCCAUGCCCCAGAUUUUGUCAACCCUGGAUCCUCAUACAAUCCACACAGACCGCGGAGGAGCGAGCAGAAGCUGAGACAAACUCCCUGCGUACCUGGUCAUCUAUAACAAGUAAAAGUUUCACACAGACUAUACAAGUGCGGCGAACAAGAUCCUGAGCGCAAUGUAUUAGCAACUUGUCAGGCUCGAGGAUCACAGGGAUAUGUAAUUAAGUAGAAGUAGGUGAUGACACGUGUUGCUGAUCUGAUGAAAUUUGUAGAAUGGCUUGUUCCUUGUAACACCUCAUAUGCUUCGUAGUUAUAUUUGUAAUUUUCUUACUA